AUGAUGGCGAACUCGCUCCUGCAGGCAGUCAACAUCCUUGAGAAGCAGGCUCACGAGCCCAGCGUAUUUGGCUGCAUCGCAUCGCGCCUGCUGCAUCUCGCGAGAUCACCCGGCGCGCUGUGCCUCACCCUCAAGUAUGCCUCUUCUGCCGACGAGCUCCGCACAGCUCUCGAGUGCCUCGCGCCGGAAGCCGUCCGCCGCUGCUACCAGCACGCCGUCAACCCGGAGGUACUCUCGCGUGUGUGCGACGUGGCGCGCCAGAUCCUGGCCAAGGCCCUCGUCAACGCGGCCGAGCUGCUGCUCGCCGUGCUCGCCAUCAACGCCCGGCCGCCUGCCGCCCCCUUGCAGCCGCCCGAUGGAGCCUCCCACUGCUGCUCCCCGCUCGCGUCCAGCGCCGCCGCGUCCACCUCCUCCUCCUCCUCCUCCUCCUCCGCCGAGGGCUCGCAGUCGCCGCCGCCGCCGCCGCGGCCGGCGCCGGCGCAGCCGCUGCCGCUGCCCCCUGCGCCGGAGAGCUCGGAGGAGAGCCAUAUCUCGGUGAAGCUUCUCCUGAGAGGAAUGCAGACGCUGUCGCGUCAGCCGCCGCUACCACCAGCCCGGCACCAGCCCGAGAAGGAGCGAGCGGGUGCCGUCUGCGUGGCCUGGACUGCAGACGACGACGCGAUCGUCAAGGCGGGCCUCGAGGCCGGGGAGAGCUGGGGCGACAUUGCCGAGCGCCUACCCGGCCGCAGCGUCGACUCCGUCAGGAGCCGGACGAAGCGACUGGCCGACAAAAGCGCAGGCGACGCCGCCGCGCAGGUGGCCAAGGGUCGCCGUGCUACCUCGAGGAAGCGGCGCCGGGCUGAUCCGGCCGAGCCCAGUGCCGAGGACGACACCGUCCCCGAGCGCGGCCCUGCCUCCUCCUCCUCCUCCUCCUCCUCCGCCGAGGGCUCGCAGUCGCCGCCGCCGCCGCCGCGGCCGGCGCCGGCGCAGCCGCAGCCGCUGCCCCCUGCGCCGGAGAGCUCGGAGGAGAGCCAUAUCUCGGUGAAGCUUCUCCUGAGAGGAAUGCAGACGCUGUCGCGUCAGCCGCCGCUACCUACCUCGAGGAAGCGGCGCCGGGCUGAUCCGGCCGAGCCCAGUGCCGAGGACGACACCGUCCCCGAGCGCGGCCCUGGCCACGCCCGCUCCGUCCGAGAGGAGCGGCCUGAGGAGGAGGUGAAGCGGCUGGAGCUGGAGAGGCUGCUCGCCGACUUGGAGGCCGACCCGACGGACGCGCAGAAGGAGGCGGCGCUGCGGGGCGCCAUCCCGACCGGCAAAGGGCGGUUGCAGGAGCGUUUGCGGUAUGUGGUGAAGGGAGCGCGAGAGGCGGUGGGGCGCGCCGAGCAGCAGCGGCGGGCGGCGCGGGUGACGCAGCUGGAGCGGCUGGUCGCCGCCUUUGAGGCUGACCCGACGGACGCGCAGAAGGAGGCGGCGCUGCGGGGCGCUCUCCCGACCGGGACUCCCCCAGCGGAGUUGCGGCCUGUGGUGCGGCUGGCGCGAGAGGCGCUGGGGCGCGCCGAGGAGCAGCAGCGGGCGGCGCGGGUGACGCAGCUGGAGCGGCUGGUCGCCGCCUUUGAGGCCGACCCGACGGCCGCCGACAAGGAGGCGGCGCUGCGGGGCGCUCUCCAGUCCGGGUAUGGGAGUUACCCGGCGGAGUUGCGGCCUGUGGUGCGGCUGGCGCGAGAGGCGCUGGGGCGCGCCGAGGAGCAGCAGCGGGCGGCGCGGGUGACGCAGCUGGAGCGGCUGGUCGCCGCCUUUGAGGCCGACCCGACGGCCGCCGACAAGGAGGCGGCGCUGUGGAGCGCUCUCCCGUCCGGGUAUGAGAGUUACCCGGCGGAGUUGCGGCCUGUGGUGCGGCUGGCGCGAGAGGCGCUGGGGCGCGCCGAGGAGCAGCAGCGGGCGGCGCGGCGUGAGCAGGUUCGAGUCCUGCAAGCCAGGGCGCAGCGGCGAACCUACCAGGCGGUGACGGCGCUGCGCCAGCGGCUGCCGCACCUCAACUGGGGCGCGCUGGACGCGUCGGGGGUGGGGCUCGCGCCUGAGGAGGCGGCGGUGACGCGGUUGGGGAUGCUGAGCGAGGCGGCCGCUGGUGCAGCAGAGACCGCCGACGGCGCUGUCAUCCGGAUGGGCAUCGACGCGCUCUCCUCGUGUCUGCUCUCCGUGGCGUCGCUGCAGUCCAUGGAGGUGCGCACGCAGCGCAACGCGGCGCACGCGGCGCUGUCGCACCUCCGCGGGCUGGUGACGGCGGAGGCGAAGGCUGUGAAGGCCGCGGUGCUGACACAGCGGCGGCGUGACCGCCAGGCUGAGAAGGCGGCGGCGGCGGCGGCGAGGGCGGCUCGCCGCGCUGAGCAGGCGGCGAAGCGGGCUCGCGAAGGCGGCUCCGUGCUCAUCGAGCUCACGCCAGGGGCAGCAGGGGCGCGGCCCGUGUCGCUUACGCUGACGGUGAAGCUGCCGAAGCCAAAGGCGAAGGGCCGGCCCAAGCCGUCUGCGUCAGCAGAGCGUGAUCCGGACUACCGCACGCUCGCCGACGGCCGCGCCGAGCCGCCGCUCCUUUGCCGGAAGCCGACGGGCGAGAGGCUCAAGCUGUCGGACAGGCUGCUGCGGCUCAUGCGCGCGUGGUACGCCCGCGGCAUAUUCGACGGCAACGGGAAGCCGCUCGACGCGGCCGCCAAGGCCUUUGAGCGCGCCGCCCGUCUCGAGCCGCCGUCGCUGCUCGCGAGCCACUUCUCAGCUGUGGUGCUCAGCGGGACGCACGACCCCGAGGACAGCAAGGGCCCGGGCGGCAGCAACCGCUUCGCGCGGACGAAGCGCCGCAAUGCUCUGGUGCCGCUCACGGUCGGGGACGCGUUCAAGACGGCGAGCGGCGCGCGCGGGCUGGUGCGUUCCGACCAGAGCGCGCGGCCGAUGGCGCAUUGGCGCCUCGUCAACCCCGAGUUUGCCGUCGUGCUGCGCGACCUCCUCGCCCACGACGGCGUCCCGCCCUCGGCGAUCGACACAUGCCUUGUAAGCCCGAUGGCGUACGGCGGCCUGGCGCUCGCGGACCGCGUGCGUAAGGAUUCCAAGGGUGAGCACAGGGACGCGAAGAGCGGCAAGGGCACUUGGACGGUCUCUUGGGGGAGCGGGUCGAACCUCGUCGUCAAGCGGCUUCCCGAGGAGCGCUUGGCGGCGAUGGGCGUCGCGCAUUCGGCGUCGCGGCCCGAGGCCACUAAGGAGCUGGACAAGACGGAGCGCGGCGGCGAGUCUGCCUACCUCUCGGGCUCCUGCAAUGCGACGCACGUCCACUACGUGAAGCCGCGCGGCGCGGACGCGGGCCUCACGGUCGCCUUCACAGUCGCGGUCUUUUUCACCCAGCCGCUCGGCGCGGCGCUCGGCCCGCACUUCUCCGCUGAGUAGUGCCACGUCCUGCCGCUCCUCCGCCCGGUUGUUGCUACCGGAGCCUGUGCUGCUCAGCGCACGUCAGCGCGGCGGUGCGACGUCCCUCUGAGACUCUCACUCGGAGGUCACCGUGAACUGUCUUGCAGCAUAUAUGUCAUGUUUGAUGUCGGGAGAUUGGAGCAUAUGUA